UCCGAGAUUUCGGUUGGGAACCGGCUCGCCGUCGUUUAGUCGCGGGUCUGCAUCGCCAUCGUCGGACGCGGCGAUCAGAUUUUUCUCCUGAUCGGCGACUGAUUUUUGACUGAUUUUCGGUCGGAAGUGAAGUGUGUUUUGUGGAUGAUUGGAUCUGUGCGAGGUGGUUUUUCGAUAAAAAUCGCGGUCGGUGACCUGGAACGAGAGCGCGCGUAGCUCGGCGCGGGACGACUGGAUUGAAGCGGAUCGUGUCGAGAGUUUAAAAAAUGGCGAUUAGGUGGAAGAGUCCUGCUGGGAGCGUUUUACUGUUAUUUAUUGGAGUCAUUGCAACCACCGGAAUAAAUGCUGAGAAUAUGAACCGCUCCGACGAUGACUUCCAUGAACUUUGGAACAGUUUCCAACAAGAAGCCCUGAAGCGACUCGAAACCAUCAAUAAUGGGAAACAAAAGCCGAUCAUCUGGACCAGCACUCUGACUACUGAGGCUCGGCUCAAGAGGUUCUUGGACCCAAAGAAAUACAUCGUGCAGAUUUGGACGAAAGGAGACGAUCAGACGAUCGCCAAUUUGGUGAACAACGGAUACCCAGUGAUUUUCUCCAAUUAUGACGCUCUUUAUUUCGAUUGCGGAUUCGGCGCCUGGGUCGGCGAGGGCAACAACUGGUGCUCGCCGUUCAUCCCGUGGCAGAAGGUCUACGAGAACGACCCGAUGAAGCUCCUGGCCUCGCUCGGGGUGGACGCGACCCCGGCGACGCGGAGGCUGGUGCUGGGCGCCGAGGCGGCGCUGUGGACGGAGCAGGCGGACGAGCACAACGCCGACUCCCGGCUCUGGCCGCGGGUGGCCGCCCUCGCCGAGCGCCUCUGGAGCGACCCGCAGGAGGGCUGGGAGUCCGCCGAGCACCGCUUCCUCCACCACCGGGAGCGACUCGUCCAGCGCGGGCUUCGAGCCGACUCCGUCGAGCCCGAGUGGUGCUACCAGAAUGAGGGAAGUUGUUACCUGACCACCUAGUCGAGGCUCGAUUGCCUUGCUCUGCUAUAAGUAUAGGCAAUAUCAGUGCCACGUCCAGAGACAAGAGAUCCUCCACUGGCCUCCUAGCGACAGGUGGAAGCUUUUACUUUCGGGGUCUCAACAAUUCCUUCCGGACGAUUACUAGGGAGCAACAGUCAUCACCCUAGUUUCGGCUGUUGACUUACCUACAUGGUGAGCUUCGGAUGACGUCAUGAGCCAAACAAGUUUCCCAAACGUUGGCCAUUUUCGGCUUGUUUGGAAAAAGGAAACUGAUGUAGGUAAGUCAACAGUAGAAUGCUGAAGUCCCGAAAGUAAAAGCUUCCACAGUGGCCAAGAUACUAGGGGAGGGUCUCUUGUCUCUGGCCACGUUCCAGAAAAUCGAUACAGCGACGGUGUAAGCCGGCAAUCACGUAACUCGUUUGCGGUGUCUGAAAAUCUCCGCCUCUAUGUUAUUUUUUUAGAGGAGAACAAAUUGACAUGAUUCCUUGAAGUUUUU